AGCCGGUUCGCCAAACGGAUGCACUUCGGUCGGUCGGUCGGUUGGUGCAUUUCGGCGCCAAACUGCAAUCGCUAGUCUUUUGGUCCUUGCUUGGGCACUGAUUGGUGUGUCGGGGAGGGGAACCGAUCGCGAAUAACUCUGACUUGAUUGAUGAUCGUGACAUACCAGCAAGAGAAUAAGGAUUACUGCAUAGUGAACGGCGCGAGAGCCCUAGAAACCUGGCAUAUCGCGUGAGUCAGAGUUAGUUUUUUUUUUAUUUCUUCGCAAAGUGUACCUUUUGCUAAAAAACGAAACACAAGAGAGCUGAUGAAGAGAAGUGAGAAGAUGGAAAAUGGAAAAUUGAAAAUUUCGCGUUGACUAUUUUCACUAUCAAUGAAAUAGUGCAAGUGCGCGUUCGGUGGAGCAGCAGUAUACCGUGAACGAGAAGAUCAUCGCUAAACAGAAGCUGGGAAAAAAUAGUGCAGUUGUUUUUCUUCAUAUCGCUCUGAUGAUGUGGGGUGUUAUCGUUGUUGGUGCCAUUUAAGUUGGUGGAGUAUGCGAAAUUUUCGCUUUCAUCUGGUGCCAAGAGCGCGCUUGGACGAGCAAUAAUUGCGGAGUGACGACUGUUGCGGUUUUAGUGCAAACGGCGAGCUAAGUAAAAUUGUUCCGACCUCAGGGAUACCAAACAAAAAGCAGUUGAAUUCCAUGGUGCUUGAUGGGGCCAAGUAAUCGACGCGCGUCACCGUCAUCAAUGAAUGAAGAACAGUGCGAGUGUGUUAUUUCUAUCGAGCAAGUGAAUAACAAAGUUCAGUGCGGGAGAAGCUACGAAACGUAAAGGGUGCGCUUCAAAAGCAACAUUGUUCCUCAGCGCAGAUUUCGGCAAAGCACCUUCAUAUGUAGUCGAUCGUUCUCGAACAGCGCUGAAUCAUCUGAGUCAUCCAGUGCAUUAGUGGUAUCUGUGUGGCGCCCCCGUUCGUUCGGUACGGAGGAGCGGCCUUUCUGCGUCCGUUGAUUACGCAUUCGGCAUCCACUACUAUCCUAGUCGGGGAGAAGAAUGCUGAAGAAAGACAAACCAAUGCUGAGUGUUGCGGCGAUCAUCCAGGCACAGGGACGGUGGGACCGAACUCUGCCGCUGGCAGGACUGGCAGGUUUCGAUGCCGCCCUCGUCGGUCACAUGGGCCCGCUGUCGCCCCAAGACAUGAAACCCGAUCUCAAACCGGACAUAUCGCUGCUAAAUGGAAGUGUUGGGCCGUUUUCGCCGGGCAACAACUGCGGCCCUGCCAGUCCCGGAGCGUUCAACCAACAGGUCGCGGCAGCCCUUCAGCAGCAGCAGAAUAUCAACAAUCUCAGCAGUCAACAGCAGCAGCAAAAUGCCGGCGGCGGAGGGGGAGGCGGGGGAGGGACACCCACUACUCCCACCAACAUGAGCCAACAGUAUCCGCCAAAUCACCCGCUGAGUGGGUCCAAGCAUCUCUGCUCCAUCUGCGGCGAUCGGGCCAGUGGAAAGCAUUACGGCGUCUAUAGCUGUGAAGGAUGCAAAGGAUUUUUCAAACGAACGGUACGGAAAGACCUGUCCUAUGCCUGCCGGGAGGACAAAAAUUGCACGAUAGACAAACGCCAAAGAAACCGCUGCCAGUACUGCCGGUAUCAAAAAUGUCUCGCCUGCGGUAUGAAGCGGGAAGCCGUCCAGGAGGAGCGACAGCGGAGUUCCAAGUUUUCCAUUAAGAGCGAAGAGAUCAACUCGACCAGUUCGGUGCGUGACGUGACCAUUGAGCGAAUCCAUGAGGCUGAACAGUUAAGCGAACAGAAAAGUGGUGAUAAUGCGAUUCCCUACCUGCGAGUGGGGUCCAACUCGAUGAUUCCUCCAGAGUACAAGGGGCCCGUUUCACACCUUUGCCACAUGGUGAAUAAGCAGAUCUAUCAAUUGAUAGAAUUUGCCCGACGAUUGCCCUACUUUACCAACCUCCAUCGGGACGAUCAGGUCGUGCUGCUACGAUGCGGGUGGAAUGAAAUGCUCAUCGCUGCCGUCGCCUGGAGGAGUAUGGAGUAUAUCGAAACGGAACGUUCCUCCGAUGGCAGCCGAAUAACCGUUCGGCAGCCCCAACAGAUGUGUUUAGGCCCGAACUUCACUGUGCACCGGAACAGUGCCCGACAGGCUGGGGUCGAUACGCUGUUCGAUCGUAUCCUGUGUGAGCUGGGAAUCAAAAUGAAAAGACUGGACGUGACCCGAGCCGAACUAGGGGUUCUGAAAGCUAUCAUAUUGUUCAAUCCAGGGCCAGAGGACGUCCUGUUGUUCAACAGUUCCAAUGGUCUGUACCAGCAGUCGGUGACGCUAACCGCCCGGAUGUAUCCGAUUGAGGCCACCGCGGCAAAGUCAAUCUGGGGCCUACCGACGCUGAUCUGGGGUAUCCUGAUCGGGACCAUUGUCAUACUGAUCGUUAUCCUCGCGACACUUUUCUUCUGUUGCUGGCUACAACCACGAUCUCGAAAAUUGCUCAGCUCCAACUAUUACACGGGAAGCAACGUAUCUCACAACUCGGUCGUGCCCAAGUCGCACACCAGUGAUUCGAACCAGCUAGUGAUGCCAUUGUCCAUCGGGAUAUGCCCACCACAGUAUAGCGCACCACCUCCCCCGACAAGCAACAACAGCGGUAGCAACAGCAGCAAUCUUCACCAGCAAAACUGCGCGGCAGUAACAUCAACCGGGAUACCAUGUCAUCCUGCUGGAGGCAGUGUCGGUAACAGCGCCGGACACCACGGCAAAUACGGCAGUUCACCGCAGCAGUAUUCGCAUGCAUAUCAUCCUCAACAGCAACCACAGUUUCAACAUCACCAUCAAUGCAUUCAUCAUCAACAACAACAGCAGCAGCAGCAACAACAACAACAACAGUACCAUUCUCAUUAUGCUCAACUGCAACAUCAGCAGCAUCAACAGAGUGGUCAGUACCCACAUCAACAGCAGACUCUACAGCAGUAUUACAAUCAACAGCAGCAACAACAUCAGCAGCAACAGCAUCAGCAAAUAACGCAAUACAUUCAUCCAUCACAACAGCAAGCCCUUCAACAACAGCAACAGAGAGAGCAUCAAAUCCAACAACACCACUAUCAUCAUCAGCCGCACCAUCACCAACAGCAACAACAACACCAGCAGGGACAAUUGGUGCAUCACAAAUCCAUGUGGGCCAUUAAUCCACUGUAUGCCUCCAGUGGGGGAAUAAAUGAUGCUAGCGGUGAUGGAACCGACGAGGACUGUGGCAGCACAUCCUACAGAACACGAUCCCUACCGUCGUGGGGCAAAAACAAGCAGAGGCCGUUAUCCAACGCGGAUGACCUGGACGAACUGUAUGCUAAGGUGAAUUUCAGCAAAAAGCGCCGCAAUCGAAUGCGCAACGAUGAAGCGGCUAUCAUUGCCUUGUGCCGAUCGCGAUCGCAAAACCUUUCGGCACUUCCUCUGUCCGAUCAGGAUGCGGUCGUAGUCUACGAUGAACGGACGGCUCUAUAAACGUGAUUACAAUGCCCGGAAGGACAGUGACGACGAAUCUUAAAAAUCAUCUGUCUGUUUCAUGAAGAAUCGCGUUCCAAUCAAGCAGGGGUCCCGUUAGGACUCCAAACGUGAUUAAAUAAACAAAUACGAUUUCUAGGUAAUCAAUCGAUUCUAGUCAAAUGGCUUUUGAAAAAAAAACUUAACUGACGGAAUAUGAGAUUCACAUUUUGAAUAUGCGAGAAGAUUUUUCCUUUCUUAUGAAUAUGCAUCAUCUACAGCUUUUUAGCAAGAGAAGAAACGGUUAAUCGAUUAACAAAAUUAAGGAACUGUUAAACCCUUUAGCGUUAACGUGAAUAUUCAUCGCAACAGUUUGUGUUCCUUUUUAUACGUAUAAAAAAUAAGUGGAUACGGCUAUAGAGGGUGGAAUUCAUAGAUUACCGAAGACAACUGCUUUUUAUGAAACUCAUCACCAAUCAACCACACAUUUCACUCUUAUUCAGAAUAAUGAGGGCUUUUCAGGUCUUAUUCUAUUACAUAUUGUUAGCAGCGGUUUCUAAAACUUACUGUUUUCAAAUUUUGUCAGGAGAUUCUCUGUAUAUCAAAGAAUGCUGCAGAAUACAUAUUUAAGUUUUAUAUCCACCUAACAUUGGUAGACUAGAACAAAACCUGCUGAAACCGUCAUUUUUAGUCCACUCUUUUUUCCACUAUCUGUAGCCACGACUAAUCAUGAAGGCACAUUUUGAUAGUUUGUGUUGCUAUCGAUAUAAUAAAUAAGGGUAAGCGUUAAGUGGACAUAUUUAUCAUCAGACAAAUUGUCAAAAAAUAUGUAAAUCAUUUAGGAAAAUUAAUCAUUGUUGGCGUUUGUUCCCCGAGACAGAAUUCGAGCUCUUCUCAUUGAAUUCAAGAUAUUGAACUUUUAAACAGAAACUUCCUAUAUUUGUAACCAAAGAAAUAACCUUUUCGUAAGAAUACCUAAACGAUAUCAUAUAAAACAGAAAACAGAGAGAGUGUAAAUGUUGUUAUUUAUACAAGAAAUUGUCAUAUUUCGACUAUUGAACCUAAUAACGUUUACAAAGACUGAUAGAAUUCCCAUUGAGAAAAAAAAAAGAUUUUUGUAAAAUAUUACUAACUACAUUCAUCAAGUUAGUGCCAGAUAUUCUUUAAAUUCUGCAUGUGAAUUAAUUGUGGUUGAAGUCAUGACAACUGCAAUGAUAUUUCUAACCUUUAUUUUUAUUGAAAAACGGUUUUAUGUUUAGCUCGCUGCGCUACAUGCCUUUUUGUAUCAUCCGGAGCUAUAUCGAACACUUCUAGCUUUUUCCACUUUCUUAACACUACAAAUACCGAGAUAAUAUUUGGAUACCUGGAUACCUGGUUAGCUACAGCGUCGAUACACCUAUGCCUGGCGUAUUGUAGAGCUCCAUAAUCGUAGGUCUUGAGCGAUGUUCCUCCAGUUUCUCCGAACGCUCAGGUCC